AUGGCAGGCAAAAAAAAAGUAAGAGAAGAGGAGAAAAGUGUUAAACUGAAACCAGAAGCAGUAAUCAUAAAAUCGGCGGACAGAAAAACAUAUUCCCAGGUGCUAGGUAAAAUCCAAGGUGCUCUCGGAGAGAACAAUACAGUCCAAAAUAUAGUAGCGAUAAAUUCUCUGGAGAUUAGGAACCUGGACAGCUAUACCACUAGAGAAGAGCCAGAAACAGCAUUAAAGCGGGACCUGAAGAAACUCAGUGAGCAACCGAAGGUUACCGUUAGCAAGCCUAACCGCAGAGGCCAAUCUCUGGUGGUAAUAGAGCUAAGUGCUCAAGCAGCAAAUAAGUUGCUUAGAACAGAGCACAUCAAGAUAGGAUGGGUGAACUGUCACGUAAGAAGAAGAAUCCCGAUGGAGCGAUGCUUCAAUUGCCUUUGGUAUGGCCAUCAAUCUAGGAAUUGCAAGGGCCCAAACAGACGGCAUGUGUGCUUUAAGUGCGCCACGAAUGGACAUAAAGGCGCAAGAUGCAAUGCAGAGGUGCAGUGUGUUCUAUGUGAAAAAAGGAAGCUUCCAGAAGAUUAG